AUGGCGCCCAGCUCGAAAUCGGAGCGGAACAGCGGGGCCGGGAGCGGCGGCGGCGGCCCCGGGGGCGCUGGGGGGAAGCGGGCAGCGGGGCGCCGGCGGGAGCACGUCCUCAAGCAGCUGGAGCGGGUCAAGAUCAGUGGGCAGCUCUCCCCUCGCCUCUUCCGGAAGCUGCCGCCCAGGGUCUGCGUCUCCCUCAAGAACAUUGUGGACGAGGACUUUCUCUACGCAGGACACAUCUUCCUGGGCUUUUCCAAGUGCGGUCGGUACGUUCUUUCGUACACCAGCAGCAGUGGGGAUGACGACUUCUCCUUCUACAUCUACCAUCUGUAUUGGUGGGAGUUCAACGUGCACAGCAAACUCAAGCUGGUCCGGCAGGUGCGGCUCUUCCAAGAUGAGGAGAUCUACAGCGACCUGUACCUGACUGUGUGUGAGUGGCCCAGCGAUGCCUCUAAGGUCAUUGUCUUCGGCUUCAACACCCGCUCAGCAAAUGGGAUGCUCAUGAACAUGAUGAUGAUGAGUGACGAGAACCACCGGGACAUCUACAUCAGCACUGUGGCGGUGCCACCACCAGGCCGCUGCGCUGCCUGUCGCGAAGCCAGCCGGGCCCAUCCAGGUGACCCGAGUGCGCAGUGCCUGCGGCACGGCUUCAUGCUGCACACCAAGUACCAGGUGGUCUACCCCUUCCCCACCUUCCAGCCUGCCUUUCAGCUCAAGAAGGACCAGGUGGUGCUGCUCAACACCAGCUACUCUCUGGUGGCCUGUGCCGUCUCGGUCCACUCAGCAGGCGAGAGCAGCUUCUGCCAAAUCCUGUAUGACCACACCACCUCCCCACCGGCCCCUCCCAGCCCCCCUGGGCCCCAGAGCCCCGAGGUGCCCCCCGCCCUCCCCAGCCCCUGCCCUGAAGCAGCUCCCAUCCGGCCCCCCGGGGCCCCCGAGCCAUCGCCUGCCAUCGCCAAAGCCAAGGAGUUUGUGGCUGACAUCUUCCGCAGGGCCAGAGAGGCCAAGGGAGGGACCUUGGAGGAAGCCCGGCCACCCCCAUGCCCGGGGCCCUCAGGCAGCCGCUGCCGCCUGCCCUCCGAGCCCCUGGCCCCAGGCGGGGAAGUGGUACCCCGAGAUAGCCCCCCCGCGGCAGAGGCACCAGCUCCAGAGCCUGGCUACGUCAACUACACCAAGCUGUAUUAUGUGCUGGGGUCCAGCGAAGGGACAGAACCGGAGGACGAGUUCGAGGAUGACAAGAUCUCCUUGCCCUUUGUGGUGACCGAUCUCCGUGGCCGCAACCUGCGGCCCAUGCGGGAGCGGGCUGCCGUCCAGGGUCAGUACCUGACGGUGGAGCAGCUCACACUGGACUUUGAGUACGUCAUCAAUGAGGUCAUCCGCCAUGACGCCACCUGGGCCCACCAGUUUUGUUCCUUCAGUGACUAUGACAUUGUCAUCCUAGAGGUCUGCCCGGAAACCAAUCAAGUCCUCAUCAACAUUGGCCUGCUGCUCCUGGCAUUCCCGUCCCCAACUGAGGAGGGCCAGCUCCGACCAAAGACCUAUCAUACCAGCCUCAAGGUGGCAUGGGACCUCAACACAGGCAUCUUCGAGACAGUCAGUGUAGGCGACCUCACCGAGGUCAAGGGGCAGACCAGCGGCAGUGUCUGGAGCUCAUACCGCAAGAGCUGCGUCGACAUGGUCAUGAAGUGGCUGGUGCCUGAGAGCAGCGGCCGCUAUGUCAAUAGGAUGACCAACGAGGCGCUGCACAAAGGGUGCUCACUGAAGGUUCUGGCGGACAGUGAGCGAUACACAUGGAUUGUGCUGUGAGGGCCCGGCCGCUCUGGACACUGACUCCAACUACCUCCGCGGCCUGGGAGCUGGCCGCCUCCCUGGCAGCCUCUCCCCGGCUGGCCGGCCCACCGAUGCCCGACUGACGAGCGGCACUCGUGUUAGGCUGCGGGGAAGGGGGCUGGGCGGGGCAGCCCCUCGUGGCCCGAGAGUCUGGACGCUUUUUAUUUAUGCCUAUUUAAGUUGGGAAGGGGCAGAGGGAGGGAGCCCCCUGCCCCACCAGCCUCAAGCGCCCAUCUUCACCCUGCGCUGGGCACAGGCCCUCGUUCUCUGCGCCUCUGCCCCCUUUCCUUGGCUACAGCUGUGGACAUUACUCCCCCUCCUCCUCAGGGAGGCCAGUUGGACCUCCUUGUCCUGUCCUGCCCUGCCCGCCCCAGCCUCCCCCCCCCUCACCCGACACUGAGGUGGCCAGCCUCGUGGCCAUCCCCUCCCCCUGCCCGUCCUUCCUCUUCAUGUAAUAAAUGUU